CUUUUCUUACCAAUAACAAUAAGUUAACAAAAUAUGAAUCUUUUCUUUUUAGCUAUAAAAGAAAGUGCAGCAGUAGCAUCCCAGCAAACCACACACUCUCUCUCCUUUUGGCAACCCAACUUCAAAUUUCUAUCUACAAUGUCUAGAGCCAAACAGGUUAUUACAUGCAAAGCUGCUAUAUGCUGGGGUGUAGGAAAGAGAGUGACUGUCGAAGAGAUUCAAGUAGAUCCACCUAAGGCAACAGAAGUUCGUGUUAAGAUGUUGUGUUCCAGUAUCUGCCACACAGACAUCUCAAGUCUUCAAGGAUUUCCACAUAAUCAGUUUCCUCUAGCACUUGGACACGAAGGAAUAGGUGUUGUAGAAAGUGUUGGUGAUGAAAUAACAAACCUAAAGGAAGGUGAUUUGAUAAUUCCGACAUACAUAGGAGAGUGUGGAGAAUGUGAGAAUUGUGGUUCAGGGAAAACAAAUUUAUGUUUGACACAUCCUGUGAGGUUGACUGGUUUAAUGCCAGACAACACUUCGAGGUUGUCUGUACGAGGUCAAACAGUGUACCAUGUUUUGAGCUGUGCUACAUGGUCAGAGUAUGUGGUUGUUGAUGUCAACUACCUUGUCAAAGUUGAUCCAACCAUUAAUCUACCUUAUGCUAGUUUCAUCUCAUGUGGUUUUUCAACUGGUUAUGGAGCUUCUUGGAAAGAAGCCAUUGUUGAAACUGGUUCAACUGUGGCUGUUUUUGGUCUUGGUGCUGUUGGAUUAGGGGCGAUAAGUGGUGCCAAGAUGAUGGGAGCAAGUAAGAUUAUUGGUGUUGAUAUAAACGAGAUGAAGAAGGAGAAAGGAGAGGCUUUUGGAAUGACUCAUUUUAUAAAUAGUAAUGUUUCUGAUAAAUCUGCUUCUGAUUUGGUUAAAGAGUUAACUGGAAUGGGUGUGGAUUAUUGUAUUGAAUGCACAGGUGUUGCAUCUAUGCUUACUGAAUCUCUUGAAGCCACAAAAAAGGGAACAGGUAAAACAAUUGCAGUUGGUAUAGGAGCUGAACUUGUUGUACCCUUAGGAGUUCUUGCUAUUCAGUUUGGUAGAACCUUAAAAGGUUCUGCUUUUUGAGGUAUAAAAGCCAAAUCAGAUCUUUCCAUCAUUGCUCACAAAUGUCAAAAUCAGGUAAUCUUAUUUGUUUUCAUUGUAAAUGAGAUAUAGUAUUAGAAGCAUCACUCACAAAUGUCAAAAUCAGGAAUUUCCUCUUGAAGAACUUUUCACACAUGAGGUCUCUUUGGUAGAUAUAAACAAAGGAUUUGAGUUAUUGAAACAACCCAAUUGUGUGAAAGUUGUCGUCAAAAUGUAGUGUUACAUUUAUUAUGGGUAAACCAAAAUGUAGUGUCUCGCUAGUUGGUAAUACUGGUUCGCUUAAUCAAAUCAGGAGGAGUUGGUAUUUUGCUUCACACUUGGAGAAUCCAAGAUGAUUAGGCUGUUUGACUACAUGAACUGGUUUAUACA